AUGCUCCAGGAACAGCUCCUGUCACAGGAAUGGAAGACAGGGAAUGGAGAGAUUACGGAUCCUCCAGUAGCCACCGAGCGUGAAGCUCCCGCAACCCAAUACGCUGUUCCUCGACAUUCACCUCCGUCAUCCCCAAAAGAUAGCAUCUUUUGCGCAACAUGUCUGAAGAACCAGCGGUUAUUUACGUCAUCUCUGGCGCAGUAUCUUCCCGACGAUACGAACCACCCCGAUUACCCCGAGCUCGAGCGAAAUUACUACAGAUUUCGAAAGGGGUUAGAGGAACGAUAUCCCCAAGUUUGUGAUGAAUGCGCUGAGAGAGUUGAUGGUCAGAUUCGACGGGCGGGAUAUACGGCCAAGACGGACCAUCUCCGACGGAUGAUGGAAAAGAGCAGAGGAAGGAAGAUUUCACCUGAAAAGAAGGGCGCUUUGGACUGGGUUGAUAGCCUAGGCAAGGGGUUGUGGUGGGGAGGAUUGGCGAUGCAGAUGCUGUGGCAUCUCAGAGCAAUCACUCUUGCGCUGGAACAUCAGGAUGUGGGAAUGUACGAUCCGGACGACAGGAGCUGGUCGACGCUGGCUGUGAAGGGUCUGGGCUUGGCUGUGGCAUUUCUUCCUCCAGCGGAUACCCUCAUGAACAGCGCUGUCGUUGCGAGCAUACUGUCGGCAUGGUGGAAUCCCCAGUUCGUACAAGUCAGCAGAGGCUUCACAAGACAUCUCCUGGGUUUCACGCAAUGGUAUGCAUUUCAGGGCCUGAUCGUCUUCUUCCGCAUCCUAUUCCGACGUGUGCUUGAGAUGGAUGGAGGACAGGCUCAAUCGCGGAACGCUCAGCUUAGCGCGCAUUUCGUCAUGUCAGUUGUUAUGGUCAUGAUAUAUUCUGCCGCAAAAAGGUCUAUCAAGGUCGACACUACACCCCUUUUUGGCACCUCAAACACAACUUUUUCGCCACCGAAGCAACCUAAGAUUACUCGGCAGAAGAGAGAGGAACCAAAGACCUUCUCAGAACUGUUGAAUGAAGCUUUAGACUCCCCUACGGCAACACCUCAGCCAGAUCGGUUCAAUCCGUCACCUAUUAGGACAUUUUCACCUCAACCACUGCCCCCUGGGAAUUCCUAUAGAGCCCCAGGAAGCACUCGUACCCAAUUCAACGCUCUCAACAUCACACCUCGAAAGACACAAGACCUUGGAUAUUCGGACGAAAUGGAUUGGACACCAACCGAAUCUCAAACUCAAUCUCAAUCGCCAUACCGAGCUUUUCAAAAUACACCCUCCACCAAUGGACCCCGAAAGUCGUUCGGGGAGGCACCAGUGAGCGCCGAAACAAGCCCUUUUUGGUACAAGGUUCCUCCUGCGCCGACGAACCCAUCCCAGCGGAUACGAAACCCUCCUAACGCGCCGAUUAUCAGAACCAAGCCGGCACAGCAGGAGAGUAUUUUCUUCCGAGGCGCCGCUAAGAAACGGGAUGAGAAUGAAGAUGACGAACGUGAAGUUUCGUUCAAGCCGCCCAGUUUCUUUGCGCCUGAACGCAGUAAUGACGAGGCUAAUGGGCUGGCUGACCUCUUGAGUCAGAGCUUCACGUUGGGAAAGGAACAAAGUCAUCCUGAUGAAUAUUCAGGAGGCUCCACACACAGAAGGGGUUCAGAAACUCGCAUGUCUACUGGUACACCUCAGUUGGGUAACCUUGGUGUUGAAUUCACCGCUCUGGCGGUGAUGCUCGUUCUCUGGGGUCUCACUGUAGCAGUUUCUAUGCCUUUCGGACGAGAAGUCCAGCUCGCAUUGCUAUCGGCGGUGGGGAUUAUUGCACUACGAGAGACAGGCGAAACAAGUCGACAAACAAGACUCCCUACCACAGCGACAUACAUUAGCUCUGCGCUGAAUGUAGUCGAAUUGGCAGCGGUCUGCUGGCUUGCACUAGAGGUUUUUCAUGAGAACGAAGGCGCUGGCAUGUAUGGAGUUGGGCUAUUGACGACUAUGCUUGGGCAUCAGGUUUGGAGUACUAUGAAUUGA